AACAAGAGCAAACAACGAUGGCGGCAGAGAUCCACUCAAGGCCUCAGAGCUCCAGACCCGUCCUGCUCAACAAGAUCGAGGGACACAGCGACGCUGUGAACACAGCCCUGCUCAUCCCGAAAGAGGAUGGAGUGAUCACGGUCAGCGAGGACAGGACGAUUCGAGUCUGGCUAAAGAGAGACAGUGGGCAGUACUGGCCCAGCAUUUACCACACUGUGUCCUCUCCGUGCUCCUGUAUGUCAUAUCACCACGAGAGCAAGCGGAUCUUCAUUGGGCAGGACAAUGGGGCUGUUGUGGAGUUCCUCAUCUCAGAAGAUUUCAACAAAAUGAACCAUGUAAAAACAUACCAAGCUCAUCAGAACCGUGUGUCGGAUCUGGUCUUCUGCCUGGAGAGUCAGUGGUUGAUCAGUACAGGUCAUGAUAAAAGCAUCAGUUGGAUGAGCACUCAGAGUGGGUCAGUGCUGGGACAUCACAGCUUCAACUCAUGGGCCUCCUGUCUGCAAUAUGAUAACGAUACCCAGCAUGCCUUUGUGGGAGAUUAUUCAGGACAGAUCACUCUGCUGAAACUGGAUGGACAGACAUGCUCUAUUAUUUCCACACUAAAGGGACAUGAAGGUAGUAUUGCUGCAUUGUAUUGGGACCCGGUUCAGAGGUGGUUGUUUUCUGGAGCGUCUGAUCACAAUGUGAUUAUGUGGGACAUCGGUGGCAGAGAGGGACGCACAUUAAUGCUGCAGGGACACCAUGAGAAGGUUCAGGCAUUGAGGUAUCUGCCACUGACCCAUCAAUUGGUGUCCUGCUCCGUUGAUGGAGGAAUAACAGUGUGGAACAUGGACACGACACGAGAGGAGGCUCCACAGUGGUUGGAAAGCAAUUCGUGUCAGAAAUGCGAACAGCCGUUUUUCUGGAAUAUUAAGCAGAUGUGGGACUCUAAGACACUGGGGCUUCGACAGCAUCACUGCAGGAAGUGUGGUAAGGCGAUUUGUGGGAAGUGUAGUUCCAAACAAUCCACGUACCCAAUCAUGGGCUUCGAAUUCCAAGUUCGCAUGUGUGACGACUGCGUUGACACCAUCAAAGAGGAAGAUCGGACUCCUUUGGCAACGUUUCAUGAGGGUAAACACAACAUCGCUCACAUGGACAUGGACCCGAGCCGAGGGCUGAUGGUCACGUGUGGGAGUGAUCGAGUUGUUAAGAUCUGGGAUAUGACGCAGGUGAUUGGCAGCAGCGUAGCGGCAGGAUUCUCUUCCCGCUGAUUGGCCGUUUCUGAAUGCUCCGCCCACACUCCGCCAACAAAUAUGUGCUGAGGAUCUGUCAUCACUAUGGAAACGCUCACCUGUCUUACUCUCUUGUACUUCAACCGUGGAGUCUACACAAAACGGACUGUCCAACUCGGAGUGUGUGCGUGAAUGUGUUUGAUGGUCCUUAUUUUUACGAGCGUUGUAGCUGUGGAUCAGAGUGUUAUUUUCUCGUAUGAGGUAUAAUGACCUGGAUAUUAGCAAACAUGAACCUGAGGUACUUCUAAAGCACAAUAUUUGCACACUUUGUGUGUGUGUUUGUUUGUGCCUUUUAUCACUUACUGUAUUCCUUUUAUUCAUAAUUACAAUCACACUGCAAAUCAUUCAUAUUAUUGUUUUGUUUUCUAGUAAAAAUAUCUAAACAUCCUUAAAACAAGAUACAUUUACUUGAGAAUCAAAAUUGUGUAAGAUAAUAAUAAGCCGUGUAAGAAAAUAAAUCUUUAUUUUUUAAAAAUUUUUUAAGAGAAAUUAGAGCAAUUUACAUGUUAUUAUAUUACAAAAGUUUGUGUCUCAAGUAAAUAUUUUUAGAUUUUAGAAUUUUUUUUAUUUUUACUGGAAAACAAGACCAACAUCUUUUUAUAAGAAACUGAAUUUUCUCUUCUCUUUCCCGUCUUUUGACAUUACCAUGGAAAUUAGCGUUUCUUAACCAACUAACUAACACUAUGCAUUGUUUAGCACUAAUGAACUUAUCUCUGUGAUUUGGGGGCAUAUUAAAGGGAUAGUCCGUCCAAAAGUGGAUGAAAAUCCUGCCAUCAUUUACUCAUGUUGUUCCAAACCAGUAUUGGAUUGUAUGUUAUAAUCCAAGUCUUCUGAAGUGCUUUGAAUACUCUUUAAUAUCUACAUAUUUAAACUUGCUAAAGAUGCGACAGCAAUAGCGUUUGGCGUCAUUGAUGUCUUCAUUGGUAUCUCUUCAUUGAACAUUAUCAAAUGUGAUUUGAGAAGUGUUGCAGAGGGAAAGAUUUUCAGGGAAGGACUUUAAUUUUCGGUCAUUACUUUAUUGCAUGACUUUGGAAGACUUGGAAAAUAGUGCAUAAAUCUUAUGGUCGUCAAGCAUCUUUUGUGUUCCACGAAUAAAAGAAUAUCAUACAGGUUUGGAACAACAUGUGGAUGAGUAAAUGAUGACCGAAUUUUCAUUUUUGGGUGUGAUAUCCCUUUAAAUUUAAAGCCAUUUUGAAAGAAAAAAAAUAGACUUUAAAGGUGCCGUAAGCGAUUUUUUUAAUUUUUUUAUUUUUGCUACUCGCUGAAAGAUAUUAAUGAAAUAAGUGUCCUGAGAUACCUCACCAGUCCCUAUGACAACUCUAGAUUCUGUAAACAGCAAACAAAAAUUUGUUCGCGGACAAUGACGCGUUCUACCUGUCAAUCAUUUUGCACGUUGUAAUCGCAUUGUAGUUGCAGCGAAUUAUUGAGGCAUAAUGCCACUUUUAUGCCAUGUUGUUCAUAACAGUUGUCAGUUGAGGGCGCUGUUUUGCUGCAGUUGUUUUUGACAACCGCUUCUGCACGUGUUGGUCUCAAUAAAGCUCAUUUGGUAUUUUUGGAGUGCAAGGAUUUAGAAAAAGGGGGCGUGGCUAAUCCAAGAGCUCAGUUUGUAGAAACUCUAAAAAGGUUAAAAUGGCUUACAGCAACUUUGAGCUCUCACGCUGCAAGACUUCAGGCAGUUUCUAAAAUGUACCGGCCAGUGAGCUUAAAGAAUUCUAACCUAUUUACAAACAUUAUAACUGAUCAGUGUUGUUUUAAACUUGCUUUAAAUUGAACUGAACUAAGUCUUUCGCUGUCCUCGGUUUUUGCAUUCUCCCUCAUUCAUCAUCUAUUCUGUGCACUGAAUUGCAGAUUGUGUGUGUUAAUGAUCCGAGAGUUGAGUGUGUUUGUGUGGGUUUCCCUCUCUUUGCGUUUAGUAAAUGGCUUUUCUAACUUUCGUUUAUAUGCGUCUCACAUUCUGCACUUUGUAAAUAACCGCUAUUCCAAUUCAUAAGAAUUUUUAGCUGACAUUCAUAUUUCCGCUUGUAAUGUUAAAUGUAGAAAAGACAAGAAUGUGAUAAAAAUGCAACAGAAAACAGAUGAUGUCUGUGACGUCAUAAUAGUGAAGUCACUAGUGAUGCAAUACAUUGAAAGGUUUGGGGAUUCUGGAGAUGAUUGGAAUCUGCUGAAUUACUUUUAUCUUUGUUUAAUUCAAUUAUUUUUCUUCACAGGUUUUGAGUCAAAUAUUUAAUCGAACAAAACCAUUCAAGAACAUGUUUAUAUCACAUCACUCCAAAAUCAAGAGGAAAAUUUGCUUCAUUGUCAUUGAAAAAAAAAAAAUGUCAAUACAAAAAUAUAUUAAUGGUCUUUACAACAGGCUUCAUUGCAAUAUAUAUAUAUAUAAUUAUAUAUAAUUAUUUUUUUUAUUUUGGGGUAAAAUAUGAUCUGGACAUGUUAUUGACAUGUUAACUUGAAUCCAUUUACUUGGAAAGAACAUGGAAUUGUGUACAUGUUUGUGUAGAAUUAUGAUUCUUAUUGUGUCUUUAACAUCCAUUUGACUGAAAUAGACACUUAAGAGAAUCACUGUUUUGUCUCGAUCACGAUCCGGUUUAACCACCAAAAUGUGUUACACACAAAUUUACAGGAAGACAGCUGACAUUUAUGUGAUUGUUCAUAAAACACUUAAACUCUCACGGUUUUGUUUACUUCAACUUCACUAAGCUUCUAAUGAUCAAACCCUAAAAGUGUAAAUAAGACUUUCAAAUCUUUGUUUUGUUUAGGUAUGAAGUAUUCUCUCUCUAUAAGUAUAUUUACAAAGUUGAGCUCCUGUGCUGGAUCGCUCAAACAUCUGUAUUUUUUUAAUCAGAAUAAUUGUCAAUUAAUUUGAAAACUGACACAAAUCUUAUGUCUGCUGGUAGUUUUAGCCCAGAAAUGAAAUGAAAUAACAAUAAAGAUCUAAGCUGUAUCAAAUAUGA